GUCGCUGGGUGAAGCAUGAGCUGUCAGAGAAUCAGUCAUAAGCGGCUGUCUCUGCUAUGGGAGGGGGCAGCUCUCAGCCUCUGGCUCUGCUGGUGCUGCUGCUGGACCUCCAGGGCUGCCACCGCCACUGGAGCCGCAGCCGCCGGACGAGGCGACGGCUCCCCCGGCUCCCUGGGCUGGCUGCUGUCGGAUAAGGGCCCCUUCCAGCAGUCCCUGGAGUACACAGAGGCUGCGGAGAGGUACCAGCAGGGCUUCAGCACCAGAUACAAGAUCUAUAGGGAAUUUGGUCGAUGGAAGGUGAACAGCCUGGCUGUGGAGAAGCUGGACAAUUUUGGUGGCGGCAGCGGUUUGGCUCUGCCCCUCGACCCCGACUUUGCGCACGCCAUCCGACAGCUGGGGAGGAGACCGACCCUUCAGAUGAUUACAGAGAGUCUAAUCAAGAAAUACGGCACCCACUUUCUCCUCUCUGCCACUCUGGGAGGGGAGGAGUCUUUGACAAUAUUUGUGGACAAAAGGAAGCUCAGCCAGGAGUCUUCACCCUCAGGGGGCGAGGGCAGCCGAGGCAGCAACAGGAACUCAAAUACUACAGGGACCGUGACCCUGGAAACUCUCCACCAGCUGGCUGCUUCCUACUUCACAGACAGAGAGAGCACCCUGCGGAGGCUACACCACCUCCAAAUUGCAUCCACUGCCAUACGGGUGACUGAAACAAGAACCGGGCCGCUCGGAUGCAGCAACUAUGACAAUCUGGACACAGUCAGCUCCGUGCUGGUUCACAGUCCUGAAAACAAGAUUCAGCUGCAGGGGCUGCAGGUCAUCCUUCCAGGCUAUUUGCGGAGCCGCUUCAUUCAGGCAGCGCUCAACUACGUUGGCUGCAAAUCUGAGGGCCAGUUUGUUUGCCAGAACAGUGACUGCUGGUGUGACUGCAGCGUGGACUUCCCACAGUGUAACUGUCCUCGCUCUGACCUGGCCACUCUGGAAAACAACCUGCUGCGCAUCAGAGACACCUGGAGGCUGACCUACAAGGAGUUUGAGGAAUCUGAGGAGUUCCAAAGCUUCGUUGGGAACCUGCCAACCCAUUUCGCUGUAAACACAUCUGUCGUGGAGCACUUGUGGAGGAUGGAUGCCAACCUCCUACAGCGAUACAGGCAGCUGGAGACCAGUACUAACCAGCUUCUCACCAGAGCGCGCCGCACCGCUAACAAGCUCUUCAGCCUUAGCAAGAGGUGCCGAAAACAACCCAAAAUGAUCCAGCAGAGGCCCAGGCCUCUGCAGUUCUGGCUGAGCUACGCUCUCUCCAUCUUGUACUGCAGCGAGAACAAUCAGGUUGGUGUUUACAGCGAUGAGAGCCGCAGCUGCUCCUGCCCCUACAACCAUCCACCUUGCCAGGGUCUGAUCCCCUGCUCCGUGGGUGACGGUCCCCGCUGUGCCUCAUGUUCCACAGAGAACCGAACUCGAUGUUCCAGCUGUAACCCCGGCUUCACGCUUACCCAGGGAGUAUGCCGGUCAGCCGUGCCUGACCCCACCGACCCCUAUCUGGGCUUGGAGAGUGACAGAGAUCUGCAGGAUCUGGAGCUGCGCUACCUGCUCCAGCGGCGUGACCCGCGCAUCGCCCUGCAUGCUGUGUUUGUGAGCAACGACGUGCGUGUAAACACUUGGUUUGAUCCCUCGUGGAGGAAAAGAAUGCUGCUCACGCUCAAGAGCAACCGGGUCAAGUCCAACCGUGUUCAUAUGCUCCUCGGACUCACUCUACAAUUUUGCCUCACCAGAAACAGCACUCUUGAGCCAGCACUGUCGCUGUUUGUGAAUCCCUUUGGGGGCAGCCAUUCGGAGAGCUGGACCAUGCCGGUAGGUCAGCACGGAUACCCCGACUGGGAGCGGACCAAGCUGGAUAUCCCCUUGGACUGCUAUAAUUGGACGUUGACUCUAGGAAACAGAUGGAAGAGCUUUUUUGAGACGGUUCAUUUCUACCUGAGGAGUAAUAUCAGGGACCCUGUGGGAGUGACAGGAGGAAACAGGAACAUGACACUGUACUAUGAGCCUCUGGAGGAAGUGGAGCCUUCCAACAACAUCGGCUACAUGAAGGUGAACAGCAUGCAGCUUUUUGGUUACAGCGUGCACUUUGACCCCGAGGCGAUCCAGGACUUGAUUCUGCAGAUAGACUACCCGUACACUCAGGGAUCGCAGGACUCGGCCCUGCUGCAGCUGGUGGAGCUGCGCUACAGGGUCAACCGCCUCUCGCCUCCAGGGGCCCCUCACGUGGAUCUGUUCGCCUGCCUGCUCCGCCACAGACUCAAACUGUCCAGUGCCGACGUGACCAGGAUACUCACUGCCCUGCAAACUUUCAGUGCCAGACAACCAAACUAUAUGGAGUACGAGGCAAAUAAACUGUGUAGUUAAGCGCCUCCAUUUGAUGUUUUGUACUAUUUCCUUGCCACAAAACAGGCCUGUAUCCAUUGUCAGCUGGAUCAGUUUACAUCAAGUGUGUGGUUUGUUGUCCAAGACUGUGCUGUACAUACACAAUGUGCA